AUGCACGUCAUGUUCAAGAGUCGGUUGCCCGUGUUCGAGAUCAGGCUCAAUGGUGACCAUAAAGAUAUUGUCUUGAUCAAAGGAAACGAAUAUGAAUGCGAGAACAUACCUGUGGAAGGGUCUAUACGGCUAGAGCUUCCCGAGGACACCCAUGUCAAGCGAAUCAAGCUUAGUUUGGUAGGUGAAUACAACGUUGAGUUCUACGAAAGGGACUCUCAAGGGUUCAUAGUUGACUCCAUAAUAGAGCGACUCUGUGUGCUUAAAGUCAACUGGUCCAACUUGCUCUCCCUGGCAGACGGACGCUUCCUUUUUGGGAACUUUGGUGAUGAUAUCAUCAAGUACAUCCGUUUGAAGGACAUGGAGAAGAAAUCGCAUAGUCUUGAAGCGGCUUCAACUGACAGCUUGAUAUCUGCUGGUUCGAACGUCGUCAACCCCUAUGUGUUACGCAAUGGCACACCGUUCAGUACGCAACAGGAAGACUCCUCUUCCCAACAACAAUACUAUGUUCUUCCUAAGGGAACCUACGAGUUGCCCUUCAAUGUCUGUUUACCCUCAGAUACCCCCGAGUCAGUCGAGGGCUUACGAUGCGGUGAGAUCAGUUACCGUUUAAACUGCACCAUUGAACGAGGACGGUUCGAGAAAUCCAUCAAGUCCUCCAGACACGUUAGACUCAUUAGAACUCUACAUCCCUUGAGCAUGAACUUGAUCGACAGUAUUGACAUCACCAACAUGUGGCCUGGAAAGGCUCAGUACAAUGUGCAGUUGACGAGGAAGGGUAUGCCGUUGGGUGCAACUGUCCCCCUAACGUUUCUUAUUGUCCCCAUGGUCAAGGGCCUUGAGCUUGAGUCCUUGGACGCGGAACUUGUUCAGCACUACAGCACGCGCCACUCUAAGGGCAAGUCGCCAGUGUUUGAAGAGAUCUUGGGGAAACAGACACUCGAGUUCGACAAGAGCAAGUUUCAAACGGACAAAUGGGAAGUUUCAACUAACUUCAUGGUCCCUGAAAGUAUGAACAAGAUCACCCAGACGUGUAUCAUAAAGAAUGAUAUCGUUCUGGUGAAACACCGGCUUCGACUUACUAUAGUCAUGCGGAACAAGGAAGGCUACUCCAGCGAGUUGAGAGCUAACCUACCCGUAUUCUUAUACAUUAGUCCUCACGUGGGUCAAGUGCUUGCUAGACACUAUACCAUUGACCCUAAAGAUAACUCGUUUGUUCAUGAUCGAAAGAAGGAUUACAUCUUAUUCGAACAUGCCGCCAGCGAUGCUUCCGCGACGCCACAAGACCAAGAGGGUAUUGAGUUUGAGGAAGCGCCUCCUUUAUACCAAACCCAUAUCUACGAUCAAGUGGUUUCAAACGGUGGAAAUCAUAAUAACAAUAAUAUGAUGAGUCGCAGUGGGACACCGGUGCCCCAUGUUUCCGAAUCAAGCGCCCGUCUUGAUGAUUACUUUCUGUACCAAACAAGAUUGGGUGGAACCACGUCUCUGUUGCUGUUCUCUGCCGAAACUAUAUUAAGAGCUGCAGCUGGUGCAAGUCGUCGUUCCAUCCCUACAUAUGAUGAAGCAGUUACUAGAAGAUUGCCACAAGGUAGCGCCGAGGAUAUGGCUCCUUCAUACUCUGUUUCUAUGGCAGGAGGAAGCUCAACAGACAUAUAG